AUGCCAGAACUUUCACCUAAAAAAAGAGGAAUUAUUGCUGCAUUAUAUGAACAAGGUUUAUUUCAAAGAGAAAUAUCUGAAAAGCUCGGUUGUUCAUUAUCAACUGUAAGUAGAACUUUAAAAAGGCAUAAAGAAGAGCCCCAAUUAAAUUUUUCUUCAAAGAUGAGAUCAGGCUGGCCCAGAGCAACCACCUCAAGAACUGACAAACUUAUUGGCCGGAUCAGCCAUGCAAAUCCACGGCUAUCUGCACAAGAGAUUUCAAAAGAAGUUUUUAUUGAGAAAAAAGAUGGUGCACCAUGCCACACAGCCAAAAUUGUAAAGAAGUGGUUUGAUGAUGAAGGAAUUCAAACCCUUGAAAAUUGGCCUGGGUCAUCACCAGAUCUUAAUGUUAUUGAAAAUUGUUGGCAAUAUUAUGAAUGUCUACUCUUAGCGGGAGACCUAAAUUACCCAAAUAUAAAAUGGAAUGAGAAUGAUGAGAAUAUCCAAACAGUGUUAAAAAAUGAUAGACAAGCACAAAUUUUUUUAGACAAUUUAAAUGAUAACUUUUUGACUCAAAACGUCACAAAACCAACCUUUAAUUCAGGGACACUGUCAGAAGGCAAUACCUUAGAUUUGAUUUUAACCGAUGCACCAGAGCGUAUUUCGAUCAUAGGCUAUAAUCCUCCGUUAAGCAAUUUAAAUAAUGCACAUCAGAUAUUGUAUUGGAAUUACAUCUUAAAAAAACCAACAACAUCAAAAUCUUCCUAUGGGAAAUCAAAGUUUAACUACAAAGCCGGAAAUUAUCAAGAAAUGAACAAUUCAUUCCAUAGUAUAAGAUGGUCACAUAUUUUUUCUAAUAAAAACGUUGAUGAAUGCUACAAAAUUUUUGUAAAUAAAUAUCAAGAAUUAUCUGACUGUUAUAUACCUAAAAAAGUGCAUAAACACAUAGCUUUAAAACCAUAUAUUGACAAACAAAUUAAGACUGAAAUCAGACAUAAAACAACCUUAUGGAACAAAUUAAUAUCAAAUAAAUCCAAAUCACCCAUUUUGGUUCAGCAAUACAAAAUACAAAAUGUUUACAAAGCUAUCGGAGUAGAUGGGAUAAGCCCAUAUGUUUUAAAUAAAUGUCAUAGUACUCUCUGUGAACCAUUACAUUUAAUAUAUAUAAAAUCGUUGACUGAGAAAAAAUUACCUGAACUCUGGAAAUUAGCAAAUAUAACACCAAUUUUUAAAAAAGGUAAUACGAACAUUGCAUCUAAUUACAGGCCAAUCUCAUUGACUUCUAUCCCAUGUAAAGUUUUGGAAUCACUCAUUAGAGAUGAAAUUAUGGAUUAUCUAAUAAAUAACAGCUUAUUAAAUGAAAAUCAGCAUGGGUUCAGAAAAAAUAAAAGCUGCACAACAAACCUAUUGGAAACUCUUGAUAUCAUAACAGAUGCACUAGAAAAUGGCCACUCAGUUGAUAUGUUGUAUCUAGACUUUGAAAAGGCUUUCGAUAAAGUACCACACUCGCGUUUGAUCACUAAACUUCAAUCAUAUGGUAUUGUGAGAAAUUAUCUGGGAUGGAUAGAGAACUUUUUAACUAACAGAAAACAGAGAGUGGUCCUUGGCGACACAGUCUCAGAUUGGCUACCAGUUAUUAGUGGUGUACCACAGGGGUCAGUUUUAGGACCACUGCUGUUUUUGAUUUUUAUUAAUGAUUUGCCAGAUCAAGUCAAAAACCCUAUUAAACUUUACGCUGAUGAUAGUAAAAUAAUAAAUAUUAUAAAAAAUCCUAAUGAUUCAAUAAGCCUUCAAAAUGAUAUAAAUAACAUAAUGGCAUGGGCAUCUAUUUGGCUCACAAAAAUUAAUUAUGAAAAGUGCAAAGUUAUGCAUAUUGGGAAAAAAAAUCCAAAUGCUACAUUUAUAAUGACUGAUAUUGAUUGCAAUUACAAUUAUACAUUGUGUAACACAAAAGCUGAACGUGAUUUGGGUAUAAUGGUUCAAUCCGAUUUAAAAUGGCACUCAUAA